UUUCUUCGUGCAAGAUAAAGAAUCUGUUUACUCACUCGUUAAAUUGCACGGAGAAGUCAUCACUGAUUGGGAGGACAAUGGCAUCUGAGCAUCAAGCUCAAGCAACCGAUAAAGACUGGAGCCAUGGAUAUGGGAAUCUCUGCUCCACAUUAAAGAUACUCUCUGUGUGGGAGAGGAAGUUAUAUCAUGAAGUCAAGACCGAGGAGAAACUGCGCAUACUUCAUCAGAAGAACUGCAGGGAGUUGAGAAGAAUGAAUAAAAAGGGUGCGGAUGCACAGAAAGUCGAUUCUGUGAAAACUUUGAUUGGGAUGUUAACCACAAAAAUGAAUAUUUCUAUCCGAGUUGUUGAUAGGAUAUCUAAUACCAUUAGUAAGUUGAGGGAAGAGGAGUUAUGGCCGCAGAUCAACAACUUCAUUCAUAUGUUUCUUGAGAUGUGGAAAGAUAUGGCAGAGUGUCAUCGACGCCAAUAUCAGGAAAUUGUGAAAUCCAAAACUCUAGAUGUAUCUACAUUAUUGGAGAAGCAGUUCGACCAGGCUCAAAUUGACGCAGUAAUAAAGCUCAAGUGUGAAUUACAGAACUGGAAUAUAAGCUUCUCAGAUUGGAUUCAAGCCCAAAAGUGUUAUGUGAAAGCCUUGAAUAGUUGGCUAGUAAGGUGUCUAUUAUAUGGACCUGAAGAAUUACCUGAUGAUGAUACAACUACCUUCUCUCCGAGCAAGAUCGACGCGCCACCGGUGUUUGUGAUCUGUAACAAAUGGUCACAAGCAAUGGAUAAUCUCUCGGAGAAGAAUGUAACUGGAGCCGUUAAUGGAUUCAUAGUAAGAUUGAAUGAGCUCUUGGAGAAGCAUAUUAUAGACGUUCGACAAAGAUUGAUAUCGGACAAGGAACUUGAGAGAAAAGUGAAGAUUAUGGAGAAGCAAGAGCAAAAGAUGCACAAGAUAGUGCAGGCUCGCCAGAGAAAGAUGGCUGCAAUUGGAAGAGAAGAAGAGAAUGAGACCCUGUUCAGAGUGGAUCAUGGUGAUCUUGUUGAUAUCAAGGAUCAUAGCCUGCUAUCAAGUAUGAAACAUAUCUUUGCUUCUAUGGAAAGGUUCACUGCUACCAACGCUGGCUUGUAUCAAGAUCUUUGCCAACAAAUUAACCAUGUUUUGGGACAAUCCAAUGAAAUUCAGUAGUUGUAUGUUGUAUGAUUGAAGAAUUUAUUGAACGUAAUUCAUCUCAUGGCUACUGUAUCUCAACUUAAUUUUAUCAAUGUACAUAUAGA